AAGAUCCCAAUUCACAUAAUAAACGUUUACGCAAAGGAAAAUAUUCAGGUCUAGAAGAUAGUAUUUGUCCUGUUAGAAGUAGCAUUUUAUUAUAUAAAAGUUCACUAGCGCAUCAACAUAACAAUGUUUUGUGCCCAAAACAAAGUACAUUGGUUUAA